GAAGGAAUUUGAUUGCUUUUAAUGUACUAUAAAGCGUUUUAAGGCUAUAGACAUUUUCCACAAUCACUGAAAACAAACCAAAGAAAGUUUCAAUGGCAACCCUCAAAGUUCCAGUUCACGUUCCUUCUCCUUCUGAGGAUGCUGAGCAACUUCGGAAAGCUUUUGAAGGCUGGGGUACGAACGAGCAAUUGAUUAUCGACAUAUUGGCUCACAGGAAUGCAGCACAGCGCAAUUCAAUUCGGAAAGUUUAUGGUGAAGCUUAUGGGGAAGAUCUUCUCAAGUGUUUGGAGAAGGAACUUACAAGUGAUUUCGAGCGGGCUGUGCUGCUUUUUACGUUGGACCCUGCAGAGCGAGAUGCUCAUCUGGCUAAUGAAGCUACAAAGAAGUUCACAUCAAGCAAUUGGAUUCUCAUGGAGAUAGCUUGCAGUAGGUCUUCGCAUGAACUACUCAAUGUGAAAAAGGCGUAUCAUGCUCGUUAUAAGAAAUCCCUUGAAGAAGAUGUUGCUCACCACACUACCGGAGAGUACCGCAAGCUUUUGGUCCCUCUUGUUAGUGCAUUCCGAUAUGAGGGAGAGGAGGUGAACAUGACAUUGGCAAAAUCUGAGGCUAAGAUACUUCAUGAUAAAAUCUCGGACAAGCAUUAUACCGAUGAGGAGGUGAUUAGGAUUGUAUCAACAAGGAGUAAGGCACAGCUCAAUGCAACUCUCAACCAUUACAAUACCUCAUUCGGCAAUGCUAUCAACAAGGAUUUGAAGGCUGAUCCCAGUGAUGAAUUCCUCAAAUUACUAAGAGCUGUGAUCAAGUGCUUCACCACCCCAGAGCAAUAUUUCGAGAAGGUUCUACGUCAAGCCAUCAAUAAGUUGGGAUCCGAUGAAUGGGCUCUUACCCGAGUCGUCACAACUCGUGCAGAGGUCGACAUGGUACGUAUUAAGGAGGCAUAUCAACGAAGAAACAGCAUCCCUCUCGAACAAGCAAUUGCUAAAGAUACUUCGGGUGACUAUGAGAAGUUUCUUCUUGCCUUGAUCGGAGCUGGAGAUGCAUGAACCGUCUUCGGUAUUAAGUUCCUCUGUAUGAAUGUCUAGUUUGCCUUAUCCGCUAUGACUUAAUAAUUUAUGCUUGGUUUUUCAUCGUUUUCAUUAUCUAAAGCAUUGCUUGCUUCCAUGAUAGAACAUUCAAAAUAAAAUGAUUGAGUUCGUUUACAGGUA